UUCAUCUCUAACCAUUUCUAGUGGAGAAUAUGCGCGUUUUCCUUUGGAGGGGGAACCCAUCUCCAUUUCCACGUGGUUGCUAGGAUCCAAGCAUGACAGUGCAUACCAGGAUCUCCCCAUUCUUUCAACUAUUACUCUGCUGAGCAGAGCCAAGGGUUGCAAGGGCCGGAUUGUUCUUUUAAAUAAGACCUUUGUCCAGCCGGUUUUCCCUCGUGGAUAUAUCUUGUCUGUGGGCUUUCCUUCUCCCAUUAUUGUGGCCACCUAGUAUCCUUUCCUUCUGCCCCUUUUGUGUGUUUUUGUGAUCUUUGGGUAGCGGUGCCUUAUCACUCUGAAAGAUCCAAAACAGUGCAGAGCCAUGAAGGGCCUACUGUCAUCCGCUGUUGCCACCUUGGCUGCGGUGACUGCAGUUGGUGCGCAGAAUGUGACUGUUCCCUUGUCUCUGUCUGCCGCUGCAACCACCGUCAGCGCCUCGGCUACCCUAUUCCCGGCUGAAACGGUGCAAUUGACGGAUGGGGUCCUCUCCAAUGUUGCUUCAGCCCUCAAGAAUUCGACCGUCUCGAAUAUGUUCGGGUUUGCGUCUAAUACCACGAACUCCACCUUGUCCAAGCGGAGUCUGCACUUCUGCAAGCUCAUGCCCGGUGACUUCUUCUGGCCCAGUGAUAUCAUUUGGUAUAUCUUUGAUUUACUGCUCGGUAAUCGUUUGGUGAAGACGACGCCACUGGCUGCGGUAUGCUAUCCGGACUGGCCUGAGUACGACGCCGACCAAUGUGCCACCAUCAAAUCGGAAUGGUACAGUUCUGAUCUGCACAUGAAUGACCCAGCUUCCAUUAUGCUGCCAUUGUAUGAGGGUCGUACUUGUAUGCCAACUGGCGACAACUACACUAGCACAUGUGAAAUCGGUGGUUACCCUACCUACGUUGUCAACGCUUCCAACGUGGCCCAGAUUCAGCUAGCCGUGAACUUUGCGCGCAACUUGAACCUCCGCCUGGUGGUGAAGAAUACUGGUCACGACUUCAAUGGCAAGGCCGCCGGAAAGGGUGCCCUGUCCAUCUGGACACACUGGCUGAAGGACAAGGCAUUCUACCCCACCUACCACGCCGAUAAUGGUUAUGUCGGGCCUGCUAUGAAGGUUGGUUCUGGUGUCCAGGUCUGGGAGGCCUAUGAGUUUGCAAAGGCCAACGGCAUGAGUGUUGUCGGUGGAGAGGCCGUCACCGUCGGUCUUGGAGGUGGCUAUACCGCCGGCGGUGGCCAUUCGCCUCUGAGCAGCAUGUAUGGCAUGGCUGCUGAUCAAGUUCUUGCGAUGGAAGUUGUCAUGGCUGAUGGCCGUUUCAUCACUGCCACUUCUACCCAACACUCUGACAUCUUCUGGAUGCUUCGUGGAGGUGGUGGUAGCACCAUCGGAGUUGUUACUUCGCUGACGAUCCGAGCCUAUCCACAGCUGCCCACAACCACGGUUACUUUCAACUUCACAAUUAACGAUUGCCCCAACGCUGAUGCUUUCUGGGCGGGAGUCGAGGCCUAUAUCGACAACAUGGAGCCCUUUGUUGACGCAGGCACCUACGGUUACUACUACCUUGGAGCCUCGGCCUACGAAAUUGGUACCGACUAUAACGGCUCUACCGAAUACUAUUUCCGCAUGGAAUCUUUCGUGGCCCCGAACAUGACCAUCGCCGAAACCGAGACCCUACUUGCUCCGUGGUUUGAGGUGCUGGACAGCAACAACAUCACUUACACUCCCUGGUACAACCAUGCUGACAACUUCUAUGACGUCUGGGUUAGUGCUUUCCCACAGGAAUAUGUCGGCACUGCCCUGGUGAAGACUGCGUCGCGUUUGAUGCCCAGAAGUGUCUUCCAGAACGAUACCCUUCGCCAGAGUACCUAUGCCGCUCACAAGGAUGCUAUUGAAAAUGGUCUCUUUAUUGCUGGAUUCCACGUCACAGGCACUGGUAAAGCCGUCACACCACCCACCGACACCUCGGUGCUCCCCGCUUGGCGUGAUACCCUUGCCCAUGUUAUCGUCGGAAUUGAAUGGGAGACCGAUGCCAGCUGGGAGACUGUUCACAACUCCUCCCUCUAUGUCACCAGCUGGAUGGAUGUGCUGCGAGACAUCGCCCCUGAUUCGGGCGCUUACAUGAGCGAGGCUGAUCUUCUUGAACCCAACCUUCAGGAGGCCUUCUAUGGAUCCAACUACGCAAAGCUCUAUGCAAUGAAGCAGAUGUAUGAUCCUACUGGCCUGUUCUUCGCUUUGACCGCUGUGGGUGCGGAGGACUGGGAAGUUCAGGUCACCGACCCCCUUCCCUACUCGUGGAAUAACAAUGGACGACUCUGCCCUGUUUCAUCCUAAGGGGAUGGACGAGACCAAUUUUUGUACUUUACUAAUAAUUGUCGAGUAUAUAUAACAUUGAUGAAUUCAUUUUCACUCUAGAUGGA